AACAUUGGUCUCCGGUGAUAACUGUUAUCAGUGUAAAUAUGUGCUAAACGAAAUAAUAAAGCCCAAUGUUUUUCAGACAAUUUGCUAGAUCAAUAAAUACUCGAAAUAGCUGCUUAUUGUCGAAAGCAACAAACACAGAUAAAUGCUGUGCUUUAAGACCAUACUCCACCAAACCGAAAAGGUUUUACAAAUAUACUGGCAUUCUAAAUUCUGAUGGACAGUACGAGAUAACAUUGGACCAAAGGAAGCUUAAGACGCCAAAAGGAAAUGUGCUCAAACUGGAAAAUGAGCUGCUUGCUAUGGCAGUAGCCGCAGAGUGGGAUGGGCAGAAAGACAGUAUCGAGAGAUCAAAUAUGCACCUGACAUCGCUGUGCAAUACUGCUCAGGAUAAUCCCAAUUUUAUAACGAAAACAGAAGCUGCUGAAAGUAUAUUUAGUUUUUUAGAAACUGAUACUAUCCUGUAUCAUUCAAACAAUGAAGAAGUUUACGAGAUACAAAAAAAAGAAUGGUUGCCGGUUAUAUCAUGGUUUAAAGAACGUUAUAAGGUUGACAUUGCUGGAACGAGAAAUUUGGAAGGCCCUCAAAUUUCUUCCGAAACUAAAACAGUCCUAUUGAAUCACAUUUUAACUUUCAGUCUGCCUUCACUACAUGGUUUUCUUUUAGCUGUUGAAUCAUUGAAGUCUCUAAUUCUAACACUGUCCUGCAUCGACAAAAGAUUAACAACAAACCAAGCUGUCCUUCUGUCAAGACUCGAAGAAGAAUUUCAAGCAGACCGUUGGGGAAGAGUAGAGUGGUCCCACAAUGUCUCACAGUAUGACGUACAAGCACGAGUGGCGGCAGCUGUUUUGUUCAUUCAUUUGAAUUCAAUGGAGGAAAGUACAAAGUCAAAACUUGUUUCAUGCUUUAAAUAAAAUUGUUAUUAGACAUUUGAAUAAUUCACAUAUUUACAUUUA